UACGGAGGAGAAAAAACUUGCUAUUCGCAGCCCUUGAUACGCUUAAUGACUCAGGAUGAUGACAUCUGUCCUCUCUCUAGGGUUUUCCGAGUUUCCCAUUCUCUCUUGUGUAUAUAUACUAAAUGUUGUGAUUCCUCUAGCUGCCUUUGGCUUAUUACUCUGAUUCUGCUUGCUUUGUGAGCUUCUCCUUUGUGUAAGUGAGAUUACUGUUACUUUCUAGGGUUUUUUUUUCUCAAAGUUGGGAGUUUUGUAGCUUGCUUUGGUUUUGUUACGGUGUUUGCUUGUGCCAUAGCCUUUUUCAGUGUGAUUAGUGAACAAUGAGGAGCUUUUAGUUAGGUUUUAGCGUUUAAUCCUCCUUUAGCUGUCACAGUAGUUCGAUCUAGAUACAAAAUCAUCUUUAAUAUGUUUCUUAUUAUUGAUAAAAAUGCUUCUUUUUCAGGUUGAUAAGUGUUACCUCUUAGGGGUUUUUUGUUAGCUGGGAUUUGUUUAGCUUGCUUUGGUUUGUUACAGUUUUUGCUUGUGAGUUGCCUUUAAUUUAUAGUGUGCUUAGUGAAUAAUGAGUAGCUUUUAGGUAUGUAUUCAGAUUUGCUACGGAUUUUGCUUGUGCCAUUGCUUUUUGCAGUGUGAUUAGUGAUGAUGAGCUUUAGUUUGGUCAUUCUUUGUUAAAGAAGCUAUCACAUUGCAAUUGGUUCCAUUUAAGCAGUUGGCAACAAACUCAUUUCUCUGUUUCUUGUCAUUGAUAAAAGUGUCUUCUUUUUGCUAUUUCUUUGAUCUAACUUGGAAGAAAAUGUCUUCUUUUUCAUUGUGAUUAGUGAACAAUGAGGAGCUUUUAGGCUUUAGUUUUCAUACCACUUUUAAGUUUUAAAUUGGUCAUUCUUUGGUAAAGAGAAGGUAUUUCCGUGUAAUUCGUGAACAAUGAGGAGCUUUUAGCUAGGGUUUUUAGCGUUUAAUCCUUCUGUACUUUGGUCAUUCUUUGGUAAUGAAGCAAUCACAUCACAUUGGUCUGAUUAUGCCACAAACUGAUAGAUAUGUUUUUUGCUAUUUCGUUGAUCUAGUUAGGAAACAAGUUUCCAAAACUGUCGUUAAUGCCUCUGGACAGUAAAUACAUUUCUGAGAAUCGGUUUACUUUGAUUUCCACUUAACGCUCUUUCCAUUUCCUGUUCACAUUUAUAACGUAUAAACACUUCACCAUGAAAUAUUCAGGGUCAAGUAAUAGCAGAUGGAACUCCCACCCUAUGAUCCCAACUUCACAACGGCCUUCAGGAUCAGCGAACACGGAGAGACAGAGGUUGAGAUUGACCAAGAGCACGAUGAAUCUGCUUCCGCUGCUAUCGUAGCUGCUGAACUGAUCAGCUCUGCACGGCUUGCACAGAAGCUGGAUAGUGUCCAUACUGAGUACUCAGCUCAGUAUUUGGUGGACAAUACUGGCUCACCCGGGAUCAAGCUCACUGUCAAAGACUGCCUUGAGUUUGCCUUAAACAAGGGCAUACCGAAAGCAGAAGAUUGGCCACAGUUGAGAUCUGAGUCAAAACCCCCAUCAUCAUCUUACAAACCUGCUCUCGUUUCCAUGAAAGGACAAGUGAUUGAGCCUAAGAAUUUUGAGGAAGCACGUGACUUUUUGGUGAAUCAACUGGUGGGAGCAAAACUGCAUGUGUUCAGUCCACACAUUGAACUUCAACAGGACGCAAUUUACUGUGGCUCCUCGGGUGAGGCAACCAGCUAUGUUGGACUUAGAGAUGGGAUCAUUCUUGGAGUUGAGAAGAUCCAAGGGAAGUCUAUGGCAAUAGUGAAGGUAUGGUACAAGAAGAAGUUCACAGUUCUUAAAGUGGCUUUGAGCAGGAUGUUUUUAUGCCAAUAUCCUGCAGCCGCAGGGCUCGAGGACAUCGGACUAACAUUUCUGCUUGUUGACUUUUGUGUCCCACGCCUAUCCAUCGAUUAAGAAAGAUAUCAAUCUAAUCUAGAGAUACAAUAUGCUACUAGUGGAAGAAUAAGGUUUCAUGAGACUGUUUGUUUUAUAACAUGUAAGACCCUUAAGAAGUUGAUCAGUACUUUCUAAAGACAUAUUUUGGGAUAAUCUACUGUUAUCAGGGGAUCAUCGAA